AUGACUGUCACCAGCCGGCAGUCCUUGAAUGUCCUGACAGUCAUCUUUCUCCUGCUGUCCACUGCAGCUCUAUCAGCUCAUUUCAGAGUGUGUGAACCAUACUCCGACCACAAGGGGCGCUAUCACUUUGGUUUCCACUGCCCUCGCCUUUCUGACAACAAGACCUACAUGUUCUGCUGUCACCACAACAACACAGCCUUCAAGUACUGCUGCAACGAGACUGAGUUCCAGACGGUCAUGCAGGUCAACCUGACUACCGCCACAGACGGCUUCAAACACAAUAACUAUACAGCCCUGGUAGGAGUGUGGAUCUAUGGCUUCUUCGUCAUGGUGCUGCUAGCCUUGGACUUCCUCUACUACUCGGCCAUGAACUAUGAGCUGUGCAGAGUAUACCUGGAGAAGUGGGGUCUGGGUGGGCGCUGGCUGAAGAAAGCCAGGAGCCAGUGGCACCAGCCAGUCCCAGGAGAGGAGAAUGAGACCCAGGCACAGACCCAGGGUCACCCCAUGGCCCUCAGCCACCAGCACCCCAGACACAGCCUCAGAGGAGAGGACCAGAGCCCCACGAACCCUAGCACGCCCCCACCGUCUGAAUGGUACGAUGUUGCUAAGGGAAAGUUACCAUAG